AGAAACGCUUGAAGAGGACUUGCUGCGUGGCACAUGAUCCAGACGCUCCGGUGCCACGUCAACUAGUGCAACAUAGUCUCUAUGGUGAAGAAUAGAUGCAGCAACCAGACAUGCGUAAAUCAGCAUCCUUGCACAAUGACCAGCACUUCCAUUAUGUUCCCGUCUUCAACGUACAUAGGUUUUCUCAAUGGAACUUAUAUCUUUCUUGCCACAAUGGUGGUCUUGGUUUAUGACUUUCUGACCCAUCUUAGCAACGAGAUUGACUAUUGGGCAAGCCAAAAAAUGUCGUUCACAAAAGUAUUAUACGUGUUAUGCCGUGCACCCUCCCUUAUCACAUGCUGCGUCCGAAUCCCGAUUGUUUUCAUCCCUAUCAUGGAGAAACUCGAUAAAAUGGUGAGUCAGCGUCAAUAUUCUACAUGCCUAUUGUAGAAUUCGUUCAGGAAUGCACGAUCAUUGAUCAGAUUGAUCUCUGUAUGUGCUAUUUCGUAUUCUUAUGACCGGCGCUGAAGUACUUCCGCUUGAAACCUCAUUAUCUAGGGAUGCUUAUUAUGGCGCUCGUGUGUGCUGAGUGUGAGACCCCCAUACUAAAUUCCAUUU